CACGCAAGCAGCAUCAAUCAUGCGAUUCCAGGAACCCCAGGGCUGAAUCGCAACCCGGAGACGUCCCUCCUUGCCCUGCCAAACCGCUAACCCUGGGUUGCCAAGCCCCCAGGGUAACAGCACAACGGCUGGCUUCCGCUAACCAGCAGACGGCUGAACGGUUUUCCAAGUUUUUUUUCCCAGGGCUUUGAACAUCUGAUGGCCGAGUUUGGAUUCUGCCACUACACAACACCAUGCUUUUGUAUUGAUCGACAGCCGAUUUCGCAACACCGGGAGAAGCUGCUGCUUCAGCCUUGAGGUGGUGUGAGGUCUCUACGACCUCGCCGGCCUACAAAAGGGCGAGCACCCAUCAAAGCAUUUCCCUGCAUUGCUCCUGAUAGUAGCCCCUCCAGACCGGUCCCCGCCCCGCUCAUCGGAUCUUGACCCUCGUGGGGUUUCCCGGGAUCAACUCUCAGUUUUGAGCGGUGACUGAAGAAACUUGAGACGGCAAAGCGCUCAUGUGAGUGGGAAUUCGGGGGUUGGGUCGUGGUGGCAGUGAAUAGUUUUGUCUUGUCUUGUCUUUUCUUUAUUAUUUGGGUCGUUUCACCCUCGCUGCAACCCGGCCGAGUCCAAGUCUGUCUGUCACUCACCAGUGUCUUCACAGUCACACCCGCCCGCUCUCCAAAGUCCAAGCUGCAGGUCGUCAUCCUAUCUUGUCUCGAAAAAGACUCCAAUUCGCAACCGGGAUCCCCCUCAUAAGAGGUAUCAAGAAUCUCUGCAGCCGCAUUCUGCGCUCUGCUCCGUGUCCUGCGUCUUUAUCACGCGCAGUGUCGGGGACUCAAUUGAGAGCGUGUGUGUGCCAUUGUGCGCCCAGGAGGGUCUCGACACUGGGCUAUUCGCUCCCGGCUGUCAAAAGAAGAGAGGAAGUGAACGUCUCCCACAGUUCCAACUCACUAUGGAGCCAGCAGUCACACUUAAACCAGAGGUGCCUCCUGCACCAACCUCAUCAUCCACCACAUCCCCCUGCAUCACCACACCAGUAAUCCUCAAGCCCAAAACCGCCGUCAUGGAGGCUGUUGAGGACAUCGUCUACGGCUCAGUCGCCGGUGUAGUGGGCAAAUACAUCGAAUACCCCUUCGACACAGUCAAAGUCCGCCUCCAAUCCCAACCCGACCACCUCCCCCUCCGCUACACCGGCCCCCUCGACUGCUUCCGCCAGGCCCUCCGCUCCGACGGCCUCCUCGGCCUCUACCGCGGCAUCUCGGCCCCCCUCGUCGGCGCCGCCCUCGAGAACUCGUCCCUCUUCUUCUGGGAGCGCAUCGGCCGCGACCUCACCUACGGCUUCGGCCUCGCCUCCCACGACAAGCCGCUGUCUCUCCAAACCCUCUGGCUCACGGGCGGCUUCGCCGGCGCCAUGACCUCCUUCAUCCUCACCCCCGUCGAGCUGGUAAAGUGCAAAAUCCAAGUCCCUGACACGGGCGGGAAGGCCGCCGCCCCCCUGAAGCCAAUCCCCGUCAUAAGGGACAUCUUCCGCCACCAGGGCAUCUCGGGCUUCUGGCACGGCCAGCUCGGCACCCUCAUCCGCGAAGCAGGCGGCUGCGCGGCUUGGUUCGGCUCCAAGGAGACCACCACCAAGCUCUUCCGUCAGUGGAACGAGAGCAGAGCCACUUCCUCGCAACAUCUCGAGCAGAUCAGAGCACAAGAUGCCCUUCCCCUUUGGCAGCAGGCGGUAGCGGGCGCCUCGGCGGGCAUGGCCUACAACUUUUUGUUUUUUCCGGCAGACACGGUCAAGUCGAGGAUGCAGACCACGCCGAUUGGGGAGGUGGGGCCCAAGAAGACGUUUAUGGGGGAGACGGCCGCGUUGUGGAAGCAGGCUGGUCUGAAGGGGUUCUACAGGGGGUGUGGGAUCACGGUGUUGAGGUCGGUGCCGAGCUCGGCGUUUAUCUUUAUGGUGUUUGAUGGGUUGAAGAAGUAUUUGCCUAUGCAAUAAAAGGGAGAUGGGUAGAUGGGGAUCUAUACGCUAGAGUUAUACCAGGGAAGGAGAGGAGUUUGCAUUGUCAAAGAGGCAGGCAGGCAACAUAGACGGCAGCGGCGGGCGAAUAUUUUUUAUGUCAUUCGACAUUAUCAUCAGCGGGCGUUGGGAGAAUGGGCACUGAUUCGUUACUGGGAAUUUGCUUUCGAGUUUGAUGAGAAAGGGGAGGGGGAAAAAAGCCCUGGAUUUGGCAAUUUUGAGUUGGGGGUAUUUUGCAAGGUAGUAGCAAUGAGAUGAAGUGUGUGCAUGUCAGUGGUCUACAUAAAACGGCGUUUUGUAAUUAUAUUUUCAAUGAUCCCUCCCAAAGGGAUCUAUGCUGACCCAUUGGUUCCGCCGUUACAAAUCUUUACGCUCUUUUGACAUAACCAUGCCAUCCUCACACUCACUUCUGACCUUGUCCCGAGUCCCACUUAAGCCACAUCUUUGCCAGCAUCAUCCUCCACCCGGGUUAGAAACAAGUCCCAUGAGCAUACUACACAUAAAAGAUCGUCAUACCUCCCCUCAUUCCAGCCCCAGCCACCACCUCCGCCGUCUCACAUUGCUCCUAAUCACCCUCGCGUGUAUCCAUAUUUCUCACCCCUUCCACAAAAACCACCUCGUCCCCAAACGCCCCAACUAAGACCUCUUCUUCUUCGUCUCCCCAUCCGCCUUCUCAUAUGCCCCGCUCAAAUCCCAAUUGUUCAAGUACCCCGUGCCCGCGCUCAAAUAAGUAGCAAAACUCAACCAAGCCACAUACGGCGCCAGCAACCACCCCGCCGUCGCAUCAACCUUUGUCCCCCACAACCAGGCCAGAUACCCAUUCACUCCCACCAGAGCAAGCACAUCAGCGGUGGCGAGGAUGGGACGGUUCCAGCCGAAGAAGAGAGGCAUCCAGAGGAGGUUGAGGCCGAGCUGGAUCGUGUAGAGGGUGGUGCCUUGGCGGGCGGCCGAGAUGAUGCCCGGGAGGUUGAGGGGGGAGGUGCCGAUGCUGUAGGCGCGGUGGGAGGCGUAGCCCAUUAGGCCGUAGAGGAGGGUCCAGACUGGGCCGAAGACUUGGGGGGGUGGGCGGAGGGGGGGUUGGUUGAGGGAGAGAUAGGUUCGGGG